UUAAAGAAAGUUAGCUGGGUAGGUAUACAGUCAUUGCCGAGGAAGGCUUGCACAGAGCGACAGUUUUGCCUCUCUGCUGCUAUAAGGGACUAGCACAGAUACACGGACAAGUGGGGCCAUUUCCAGAUAUUAGGUCACACCAGAAGCAGCCAAGAUGGAUCCCCUGUGCACUAUGAAACUGAGUAUAAUUUUUGCGAUGACCGUCCUGACCUCUGGUGCUGAUUCCCUGAAGAUUCAAGCUUAUUUCAAUGAGACUGCAGACCUGCCAUGCGAGUUUGCAAACUCUCAAAACCUAAGCCUAAGUGAGCUAGUAGUAUUUUGGCAGGACCAGGAAAACUUGGUUCUGAACGAGGUAUACUUAGGAAAAGAGAAAUCUGACAGCGUUCAUUCCAAGUAUAUGGGCCGCACAAGUUUUGAUCCGGACAGUUGGAGCCUGAGACUUCACAACCUUCAGAUCAAGGACAAGGGCUUGUAUCGAUGUAUCAUUCAUCACAAAAAACCCACAGGAAUGAUUCGCAUCCACCAGAUGAAUUCCGACCUGUUAGUGUUGGCUAACUUCAGUCAACCUGAAAUAGUCCCAAUUUCUAAUAUAACAGAAAAUUUGUACAUAAAUUUAACCUGUUCAUCUAUACAUGGUUACCCAGAACCUGUGAAGAUGAGUUUUUUGCUAAUAACCAAGAAUUCAACUACCGAGUAUGAUGGUGUUAUGCAGAAGUCUCAAGAUAAUGUCACAGAACUGUAUGAUGUUUCCAUCAGCCUGUCUGUUUCAUUCCCUGAUGUCACAAGCAAUAUGACCGUCUUCUGUGUUCUGCAAACUGAGAAGAAAUGGCUUUUAUCCUCACCUUUCUCUAUAGAGAUUGAGGAACUUCAGCCUCCCCCAGACCAUAUCACUUGGAUUGCAGCUGUACUUCUAACAAUAUUUAUAUGUGGGAUGAUGGGAAUCUGUCUAAAUCUAUGGAAACGGAAGAAGAAGAAGAAGCAGCCUCGCAAAUCUUAUGGAUGUGAACCCAUCAACAUGGAGAGGGGAGAGAGUGAACAGACCCAGAAAAGCGUAAAAAUCCAUGAACCCGAAAGAUCCGAUGAAGCCCAGCAUGCUUUUAAAAGUUCCAAGACACCUUCAUGCGACGAAAGUGAUACAUAUUUUUAAUUAAAGAGUAAAGACAAUAAGAUUUUUCAUUUGUUAAACAAUUUCAUUUGCAAGUUUCUGGGCAACAUUUCUCAUUUCUUCUGGAAAGCAAGAAGACAUUACCAUUAAUGAUUAGGGGACAGGGUCAUAACCCCCAGGACUCCCUCUAAGUGGAAUAGCUUCCCUAUAACUCCAGCUGUUCUCCGUAUGCCAAAAGCAGACAUUAAUUCUCUCAUUGCUUCUUUUCACUACGGAGCACUCUUACAAGCCAAGCCCAGCUUAAUGAUUCAUGGCCUGGAAAUAAAAUUUAGGACCAACACAUCCUCCAGAUCAGAUUCUUCUCUUAAUUUCAUAGAUUGUGGUUUUUUAAAAAUAGAACUCUCAACUUCUGGAAAACUGCAUUUUAUCUGCCCCAAAUUCUAAGCUGGUGCCUCACUGAAUCUUGUAUACCUGUGACUGAACAACUACCUCCUCAGUCUGGGUGGGAGUUAGGUAUUUAUGACCUCACAGUGCUAAUACUUUGAAACAUAAAGAUCCAUGUACUGUAAUAAUGUGAUUACUAUGCUCUAGAGAAAAGUCUAUCCCUGCUAAGGAGUGCUUGUCCCUCUGUCAGGGUCAGUAAGGAAAAUGGUGGCCUAGGGUACAGGCAACAAUGAGGAGACCAACCUAAAUUUGGGGAAAUUAGGAAAGGCAGAGAUAGAACCUGGAGCCAGAGCUAAUAUUGAGGAAGCUUGCCUUGCCCAACAAGCCCUAGUGGAGAGCACUAAAUAAACAGGAAAGUGCUGGAUCUUGUGAGAUGGCCUGGGGAAGCUGUGAAAGAAACAACAGAGAUCACAAGAUUCAAAAGAGAAAAAAAGAGAAAUCUUAAUCCAACGAAAUGCAUGAAAUGUCUGGUCUGUCCAGCCCACCAACAAAUCUUGAAACAAGCAACAGAUGUACAGUCUGUCCAAAUGGACUUAAGACAGACAGCAGUUUCCCUGGUGGUCAGGGAGAGGUUUUGGUGAUAGCCAAGUUAUUGGGAUGUCAUCUUCCUGGAAGCAGAGAUGAGGAGGGAGAGCCAUUGUCUUGAUAAUGGGAUGAGUGGAAGGAGGCUUAGGGCUCUCCACUCCUGGCUGAGAGAGAAAAAGCUGCAUUGGAAUUAGGAAGACCAAGAUGCAGAUCACGUAGGGGCUUCCUUAACCUACAGAUGUCCUACAGGAAUCUGGGCUGGCCCAGAUUAGCAAAUUUGAGUUGGAUGUUUGUUUUUGCUGAAGGCAACCAGAGGAAACUGUGUACAGAGAUGGAUAUACUGGGAGAAAUGACUUUGGAAACCUGGCUCAAAAGUAGGAUCAGUAAGGGAUGGAGCAGUCUCUGUCCAAACCUAAAGAGAACUCUGGGGGGCCCAAGCCACAAAAAUAGUUCCUUUAUUUUACUUGAACAACCCCUAAGGGUUAUAGACUGCGAUGCUAGAUAAGCUUGUCCAUGUAGUAUUCCCAUGUGUGUACCAUGCCCCAGCCUUCAUUAGAUUCCUAGCACCUGGCCGGUUUCUAACAUGUUUUGUGCAGCACCAUUUUUAAUAAAUGCUUAUUACAUUCA